CAGCCCCUUCCUCGCCCCUCCUCCCUUCCUCGCCGGCGUGGGCUCUUGCCGGCAGCCCGGAGCAUCAAAGGUUGGGAAGGGACCCAUUUCUCCCUUUGAUUCUCCCCCUUUCACUCCGCCUUUUUCGCCUUUGUGCUGCUUCCCCUCUCCCCCUUUUUGUAUUUUUUUCCUUAAGGCCGGGGGAGGGAGGAGAGCGCAGCCACGUUACACCCCUCCCUUCCUGCAAAUCCCCGCUUGCACUGCAAACAAUCUGCCUUCCCCAUUGCAUCUGAGAGAGAUAGCAACAGCAACAUCAUCACGGCAAGCCGGAUGGGAGAGCGGAGAGGAGGCUGCUGCUGAGGGAGAAAGACACACGCACACAUCAGCUCGGUGUUGCCAAAGCGGUGGGAGCUGCACGAAAAAUAAGCCAUGCUGCCCCGUGUGUCUGGCGCAUUGUGCUCCAUCCGAGCCUUUUAGGAGGAAGAAGAGAAUUAUCUGCUCUGAUUUUUUUUUUCCUCCGCCAACGAGAGUGCGACAGACUUGCAAUGGUUGAAUGUCAAUGCCUGUGAGAGAGAACAACAGUCAGAGGAGGAGGAGGACAGAAGGGGAGGAAAAUGAAGGUGGGGACGGUGGUGGAGAGAAAGAAGGAGCCUCGUCCAAUGCAUCAAAAGGAGGUCCCUGCAGUUGCUGAUAGAGCCCUGGCCGCCUCGCCAUCCACAAUGGUCUGUACAAGCUGCCAAUGCGUUUGAUGACGUUCCUGUUUUGUGAAAGGAGGAAAGGAAACGUGACCAUGUAAGAUCCACGUUUCCCCGGUCAAUUACACGCGAAGAAUAGAUCCGAUUUCGACGGGAUUUUUUUUUUUUGGUCCAGAAUGGUAACAGUUUAGGGAAUAAUACAGCCGCCUUCCCUCACCAAUUUUGCUCUGAUUUUUUUUUUUUGGUGUGUUCCAUACAGCUGCUGGAAUAGAGAAGGUCAGAAUAUAUAAAUAUAUAUAAAAUAUAUAUGAUAUAUAUAUUAUAUAUAUACAUAUAUUUAUCUCAGUACGUCUGGGAUUAAGCUCAUUGAAUGCUAAUCAUUUCUUUCAGGACUUUUAAUAUUUGCAAUGAAAUCUUUUAAAGGCAACGGUAAAAUCUGAAGCCACCUGGGAGUACAGUGUUGGAAUCGUAGGGUGUUUUCCCAUAAACAAUGUGAAGGUCUUUUUUUUUUUUUUCUCAAAGGGGCAAUUUUGAUAAUAACAACAGCUACCAAUUUUGCAUUUUGAUAGCCAGACCAGCUGCUAUUUUGUCUGGGUGCACACCGGGUCUCGUGUGAUCGGGUUUUAUUUUUUAAUUGAAAAGAAAAAAAGAAAAAGAUAUAUAUAAAAAAUAGAAGAAAAAGGAAAAAUUACUUGAGAUGCCAAAUACUGUUGAAAGAACCAUAUUCUUCCUCCUCCCCACACCCACCGGAGAAGACGUGGACCUUUCUUUUUUACAGGCUUAGGAGUUGGGAAGAUCGGGGGCUUUCUCCCGAGCCCGCCGCCCGCGCCCCGGACCCGCGGGCGUGGGAGAUUCAUUUCCUCCUCCCGCUGAUUUCUAAACAAACUUGUGGAGGGGGGAAAGGAUCCUCCCGGAACGCAGAGCCGGGGGGGGGGAGGGGGGGGCUGGUGGUUUGGGAUAUUUUGUUUAUUUUGGGGGAUUUUUGUCAUUGUCAUCCUCGCCGGACUACCGCGGGCUGCCGGGGCAUUCACCCCUCGCCCUCGGCCCCUGCUUGUGUCGUUUCCUCGCCGGCCAGCGCUCCCCCCGCCGGCACUGAGACCGCAGCGGAGCCCCCCCCGGCCGCGGGGCGCCCGGCUCCUGUCCUGUUCUUUCCCGCCCCGUCCCCGCCUGCCAAGGAAAGGCACAUGUUAAUUCCACCCGGCGCGGUCAUUUUCUGUUACUGCUGCUGCGGGCUCCUCCGUCCAAGACAGAUGUUGCGAAACCAAGGCCUCCUCAAGUGCCGCUGCCGCAUGCUCUUCAAUGACCUGAAGGUCUUCCUGCUGCGGAGACCCCCCGCGCCGCCGCCGCCCUCCCCGCCGCCGCCGCUCCCCAUGCUCGGCGGCGCAGAGGCGGCGGCGGGCGGCCCGGCGGGGGCCGCACCGCUCGUGGGGCGCGGGCUCGGCUGGCGGGCGGCGGGCGGCGGCGGCGGCGGAGCGGGUAGCCCGGCCGCCGAGGAGUGGGGCAGCCCCGCCGGGGAGCCGCCCGCCUCCUUGCCCAGCAGCACCUCCUCGGAUGACUUCGGCAAGAGCAAGGCCGAGGACCGCUACUCGCUGGGCAGCAGCGUCGACAGCGGCAUCCGCACCCCACUCUGCAGGAUCUGCUUCCAAGGGCCCGAGCAGGGGGAGUUGCUGAGCCCAUGUCGAUGUGAUGGAUCGGUGAAGUGCACGCAUCAGCCAUGUCUGAUCAAAUGGAUUAGUGAGAGAGGCUGCUGGAGCUGUGAGCUGUGUUACUACAAGUAUCACGUCAUUGCCAUAAGCACAAAGAACCCUCUGCAGGUAAAGUGGCAGGCCAUCUCUCUGACAGUCAUUGAGAAGGUUCAGAUUGCAGCAGCCAUCCUGGGUUCCCUCUUCCUCAUCGCCAGUAUCUCGUGGCUCAUCUGGUCGACCUUCAGUCCUUCAGCCAAAUGGCAGCGCCAGGACCUUCUCUUCCAGAUCUGUUAUGGAAUGUACGGCUUCAUGGACAUUGUCUGUAUAGGUCUAAUAAUACAUGAAGGGCCCUCGGUUUACCGGAUUUUUAAGCGGUGGCAGGCGGUCAAUCAGCAGUGGAAAGUGCUGAACUAUGACAAAACAAAGGACAUGGAGGAACAAAAAACAGGGACCAGGACAAAUCAGCGCCCCUCCUCCCAAACCACCCACUCGUCCUCCACUGGUGGUACAGCCACUAACUCCGCUCCAGCCGACAGCGGGGCACGGGCUGCCGGCCAUGCCACAGGCACCCUCUCUGACCACCACUGUGCUUACACCAUCCUGCAUAUACUCAGCCACCUGAGGCCUCACGAACAGAGGAGUCAGUCUAGCAGUAACAGAGAGCUCGUCAUGAGGGUCACGACGGUCUGAGCCGAGGAAUUCAGGAGGCCUUAACAAAGCGGAGGAGACAAAGAACUCAUACAGCAGAGGAGCAUGGUGUGCCUUUUUCUUUCUCUUUCCUUUUCUCCUGUUUUUUUUUUUUAAAUUCCUUUUUUGUUUGUUUGUUUGUUUUUUCUUCUCCUCUCCUUUUCUUUGUUGGAAACUGCACAAGAUAUAAGAGGCGGCACUUGGCCAGCUGAGGAAAAAAGCAGGUGGAGGGAGAGCUGCACACUCAUGCUAAAGAGGUUAAUGUUUUCCAGCCUGUUAAAAAAAAAAAAAAAAAAAAAGAAAAGGAAAAAAAUAGAAAAAAAAAGUCAACAAAGCAAAUCACAAAAAAAAAAGCAAACAACAAAACAAGUGCAAUACAGACUACAAACUGAGUAGGCAGAGUUCUGGGGAAGCAGAGGAACAGAUGGUUUAGCAUGUCUUACAAAUCUUGUUACCUGGAAUAGGUAACGCUCUGUACGCACCCCCCUUACACACAUGCACGCGCACACAAACACACAGAGUGUGAGAUUUAUAAAAACAAGGAAGGGAAUGAAAUAUUUUGGAGUAUUUUUGUUUUCCAGACUGUGAUUAACCAGGGCUAUGAAUUGUUUUGUUUCAUGAAUCUCUCUGGAGCCUUGUUCAAUUUACCAUAGGAUAUCUGAAGUGAAAUGGCUGGGGAAUUUCCAGUACUGAUUCGCAGAAAGAGAGAUUGAAUCAUCCCACCAAGAAAAUCUAACAAAACCCAGGCAUACCCAAAUUUCACCAAAAAUCCUGAUUUUUUUUCCUAAGGUUCCUGACAAGGGGUUUGUGAGGGUGGAACUGGGAGGGGGGAGGAUGCUCCAUGAUCCUUAUUUGACAUGUAGGCAUUUUUGGCAAAUUUUAUACAAAUGCUCCACAGGUGUUUCAAGCACAAGUACUGGUGUGAUUUAUGCCUUCAUAACCCCAAAUCCGGCAUCCAAAUCUUGCUGCUCACAUACAUCAUUUUCCAUGCAAACAUUCCAGGUUAAUUUCCUUCCAUUUUACUCCGAUCACAAGAAGCUGACCCACCUUAGUGGGUUUCUGCUUCCUUGUUGAUUCAGACAGUCAUGCAUUAGACAUAUACAUCCUUUUUUUGUUUCGGUGUCUGUAUCCCUGCUGCUCGAUUUGAAACAGUCUCACUCAGUCUUGUAGGCUGAGCCUUUCGCAUCCGGUCUGUUAGUUGAUUAUAGAGUCUAUUCCAUUCAGUUGUUCAAGAGAGUUAGUCUGAAGAAGGAGCACAGUUGCUGAUCGAAUAUGUAACACUUCAAAUAGUCUCCUUCUCUGGGAUAUAUCCUUGAAGGUACUGGUUGCUCUUCAGGAACAUUCUCUUUCAAUGCACAACGGCCGAAUCAUUUGUGGAUAUUAAAGGGACACUGUCAAGUACUUUUUAAAUAGUUUUUAGGGUUUGGGCUUUUUUUACUCUCCAUUGUUUGUAAUAUUCUCUUACAAGCUUGAAAAUAAAAUUUCUUUCCCUACUGUUUUUGUCCUUUUCCAUUUGGGCAUGUAUCGUUCUCUCUGCUCACCCCAUUCCUUUCACCUGUCCUCAUCCUCCCCUUUCUUCUGCAACAGGAGGAAAUCUGCAUUACUGAUUUCCUGCUGUCUGUCCUUGCUCUGUGGAGGGUAUGUCUCGGCUCUACGGGGUUGAGCUGUUUUGCUUGUGCAACUUCUAAAAAGGAAGCAUAAGAGCAGGAAACCUAAAAAUAUGGAGAUUGGCUAAUUGAGGAGCAACAGCUCAGCAAUCCCAAAAUAAUCAACCCAUAGUGAUCAAGCCUGAACCCAGCUCUGCCCAAAUUUAAGAUAAGGACUUCAGCCAAACUGCAUCCAUUUAGCAGCAGUGCUGAGCAGCAUUGCGCAAUGGCUGUGUCCAACUGCCCUCCAUCAUCUUCUCAGAAUCUCUCACAGCAUCUAUUGGAGCCAGGGUGAACAUGGGCCACCAGCUCCUUUUGGCAGCUAGAUUCUCAUGGCUCAGGUGUUUCUGGACCAGAGAAGGUGUCAAACUUCACCUUCCAGGUUUGAACAUACUAGCCAUUCUGAAACAUUCAAGAGGGAAGUUAGCAUCUUAAGGCAGGUCAUAUUUUUCACCUCGAUUACUUGACAGUGUCCCUUUGAAUAUCAGAAUGCAACAGAACAGGUACUUCUUUGGCAGAGAAUGUGGAAGGCGAAACACAAGCCAAAAAAGCUGACUUACUGAGGACCCAUGUGAAACAGCAUGGUUUCUGAGGCCACUGUACCUUUAUCUGACCAAUCCUAUUAUCUACCAAAGAGUGCUUUUGGCAGAGGACAGGGAAAGGAUGUUGGUGAGCAGAGGAAGAGGGAAGGGGCAAUUCCAGUCAUCUCUAAAAGCAGCUAUUCCCACAAUGAAGGUGUUGCAAUGAACAGUCUCUGGAAGAACCACUUCUGAUCCACAGUAGAGAGAAACCUGGCCAAAGCAAGCAAUCACAGCAGCCUCUCACCCCAAUGCCUGUCCUGGAAGCUGUCCUCCUUCCAAGAAAUGAGUAAUUAUGGUGGGUUUUGGAAGGGGGAGGCAUACACAGAUGAAGGGACAGGUGUCAGACAUGAUGUUGUUUCCCUCCCUGCCAUCCGCUCAUUUAAUAUGGAGAAGUCAAAUUCCUUUAAUUUGGCUAAUGGUUCAUGAGGUCAGAAGCACAAGCUGCCAUGAAAGAGUGGUGUGAUCUAGUACACUGAGCACACAGGACUCUGCAUACUCUCACUCCAGCUCUGCCACUGACUCUGUAGCCUUGGGCUGUUUGGCUCAGUCCCCCGUCCAGGCAAAGGGGGAAUAACAAUACGUACCUACCUCACAGGGGUGUUGUGAGAAUCCACGUUGGUAAAGCCUGUUGAAGUGCUAAGUCUACCACUGGUAGUCACAAAGUGUGUGGUGGGGGUGAGCAGCGCUGCCCUUUUGCUGGUUACAGUCCGAAUCACUCAGCGGGAGUCCCAUCAUCCCUCUCCUGCUUGGAGAUCCUCCUUGAUCUGAAGCGGAGGGUGUCGUCCGAGUGCCCUCUCCUCCAUUGCAUGACAUUUUAAGCGGCUGUGAGGUGCAGGGUAGUGACAGACAAGAAGUCCUACUUGACCAGGGAUUUGCUACAACGUUUUCUAUAUCUGUGGGGUUUGUUGGUUUGUUUUUUCCAUAUAUUGUGCUUAGAAAUAAACUUUCCACUUAGG